UCUCAACCCAACCCACCAAACAGUAUUGUCCUACUCUCUCUCUCUCUAUUUCUAAGAAGUACGUUUCUUGAUUUCCUCUUCUUGCGGAAGCAACCAAAUUCGAUUCCGAAUAAUCUUCCUUCUCCGAGCUUCAUUUAUAUAUAUACUCAAUUCAUUCAAAGUCUCUCUUCUCUGUUUCUUAUUCAACGAUUCACACCCGAAUCCAACAAAACUAUCAUACCGUAUUUUCUAUAUUCCAAUAUCUGAGAUCUCCACCCAAAAAAGCAAGUAAAGCAGAAAUUCUUAGCAUAAUAUUAUAAUUAAUCGCGCACGCACGUGAUGGGUUCGACCUCGAUCUACAUGGCUAAUAGCAGUUCUGGUGCGAUCUCACUUCUUUCUCGUCUGCAACAUCACAACCGUCCAUUGCCUUCUCUUCUUCUCUUCCCCGCUCAUCAAUCUCGCAAACUACUUCAACGACGCCGUUUCGAUGCCUCCGAUCGCUUCUCUCGCUCUCUCCGGCCGCCGAUCGCCGCUUCCUCCGGCGCUCACGUCGCCAACUCUGUUCCGUCGAGAAAUAAGACAUACACGGUUGGUGAUUUCAUGACGAGAAAGGAGAAUUUACUUGUCGUCAAACCUACGACAACUGUUGACGAAGCAUUGGAGACGCUUGUGGAGAAGAGGAUAACUGGUUUUCCUGUGAUUGACGAUGACUGGAAACUGGUUGGCGUUGUUUCAGAUUAUGACUUAUUAGCACUAGAUUCCAUAUCAGGCGGCGGUCAAUGUGACACGAGCUUGUUCCCCAAUGUUGACAGCUCUUGGAAAACAUUCAACGAAAUACAGAGACUGCUGAGCAAGACCAAUGGUAAAGUUGUUGGUGACUUGAUGACUUCUGCUCCACUUGUUGUUCAUGAAACGACCAACCUAGAAGAUGCUGCAAGGUUGCUGCUCGAAACAAAGUAUCGUCGAUUGCCAGUUGUAGAUGGCGAGGGUAAGCUGGUUGGGAUCAUUACAAGAGGCGGUGUUGUGAGAGCUGCUCUACAGAUAAAGCGUGCUAAUGCAAAUUAGCAUAGUCCAGGAAAUGUUAUUGGCUUCAACAAUAAGUACAUAUUGAUCUAGCUAGACAGAGUAUAUAGUCUCCUAGUCACAUUGGUUUUCUACAGUAUGCGGGGCAGCGAAGCCGGUUGCUGCAUGUCUUAUUGCUCGGCCGCUUCUAUAGACUAUAUUCAGAAAGGGAAGAUGAUUGUUUUCCUAGAGAAGGAUUCAAUUGAUUUCUUGGCCAUGGAGUCUUUACGGUUAUGGUGAUUUGCUUUGUACCAAGCUUGCACCUAUAGCUAUCAGUUGUAUAAUCUCUUUAGGGUUAUAUACCUUAGCAAUAUUGGUUAGGAUUGGAUCAUAAUCUGUAGCAAUUUUACGCCGAAAUUUUAUGAUAUAAAAUGCCUUUCUAUGUGACUGCCUAUUAAAGUGUUAAAGUUUGUUUAUAAUUCUGCAA